UUACUAAAAAGACGCAAUAUCUUUAUCUUGUCAAUGUCUCAUAUCCUAAAAUUAACAAUAUAGAACGUUCUAUAUUUAUUACCAAAAUAGUUGAUACUCAUGAAAACCAUUUAUUGAACCCAAGCAAAAUUAUAUUUGAAGAUGAAAAACAAUUUACUGCCAAAAUGCUGGCUGAU